GCGCUCGAGUGGGAGUCGAAUCUUCUCCGGAACCGUUUGCUUUCAUUUCUGCACGAGCCUGUCGCGCACCGUUUCCUUCUCGACGCUUCGUACCAAAACAAACGUCGCACGACGCGCUUCAAUCCCGCAUCUUCGAGGGAUUAUUCGGUGUUUUGUGUCAAAAGGUGGUGAAUAAAGGUGGGAAUAAUAUGAGUGUGGAGGCGUACGGGCCGAGCUCACAGACGCUCACCUUCCUGGACACGGAGGAAGCGGAGCUGCUCGGGGCCGACACGCAGGGCUCCGAGUUUGAGUUCACCGACUUUACGCUGCCCAGUCAGACCCAGACGCAGGGCCAGACCCAGAGCCAGCUCGACAACCAGGUGAACGGACCUGAUGCAGUUCUGCCCAAUGGAGAGGAUGCAGUGGUGAAGACCAGCCAACUUCUGGCUGAGCUGAACUUUGAGGAGGACGAGGAAGACACUUACUACACUAAAGACCUGCCGCUGCACGCCUGCAGUUAUUGUGGCAUCCACGACCCAGCAUGUGUGGUCUAUUGCAACACCAGCAAAAAGUGGUUUUGCAACGGCCGCGGUAACACUUCCGGGAGUCAUAUUGUGAAUCAUUUAGUGAGGGCCAAAUGUAAGGAGGUGACCCUGCAUAAGGAUGGCCCGCUGGGCGAGACCGUUCUAGAGUGCUAUAACUGCGGCUGUCGUAACGUCUUCCUGCUCGGCUUCAUCCCGGCUAAAGCAGAUUCUGUUGUGGUGCUACUAUGCAGGCAGCCAUGUGCCAGUCAGAGCAGUCUGAAGGACAUUAAUUGGGACAGUUCUCAAUGGCAGCCCCUCAUUCAGGACCGCUGCUUUCUGUCAUGGCUGGUGAAGAUCCCAUCCGAGCAGGAGCAGCUAAGGGCCCGGCAGAUCACGGCCCAGCAGAUCAACAAACUCGAGGAGCUGUGGAAGGAAAACCCGACGGCUACGCUGGAAGAUCUGGAGAAACCCGGAGUGGAUGAGGAACCUCAGCACGUUCUGCUGAGAUAUGAAGAUGCCUAUCAGUACCAGAACAUUUUCGGACCCCUUGUCAAACUCGAGGCUGAUUAUGACAAGAAACUUAAAGAGUCCCAAACUCAAGACAAUAUAACUGUCAGGUGGGAUUUGGGACUGAAUAAAAAGCGGAUAGCUUAUUUCACCUUGCCCAAGACGGAUUCAGGUGACAUGCGACUGAUGCAGGGCGAUGAGAUCUGUCUGCGCUAUAAAGGAGACAUGGCUCCACUCUGGAAAGGGAUCGGACACGUCAUCAAAGUCCCUGACAAUUAUGGUGAUGAAAUCGCCAUCGAGCUGCGGAGCAGUGCUGGAGCUCCUGUGGAGGUGCCCCACAACUUCCAGGUGGACUUUGUCUGGAAGUCUACAUCUUUUGACCGAAUGCAGAGUGCCCUCAAGACGUUUGCUGUGGAUGAGACGUCUGUGUCUGGCUACAUCUACCACAAGCUGCUGGGUCAUGAGGUGGAGGACGUCAUCAUCAAAUGCCAACUGCCAAAGCGCUUCACUGCACAAGGACUGCCAGAUCUCAACCACUCACAGGUUUACGCUGUGAAGACUGUUCUGCAGAGACCCCUCAGCCUGAUCCAAGGACCACCAGGAACCGGCAAGACUGUGACCUCCGCCACCAUCGUCUAUCAUCUGGCCAGACAGGGCAAUGGACCAGUGCUGGUGUGUGCUCCCAGUAACAUUGCGGUGGACCAACUAACUGAGAAGAUCCAUCAGACAGGGCUGAAGGUGGUGCGUCUGUGUGCUAAGAGUCGUGAGGCCAUAGACUCGCCUGUGUCCUUCCUGGCUCUGCACAACCAGAUCCGCAACAUGGACAGCAUGCCAGAGUUGCAGAAAUUACAGCAGCUGAAGGAUGAGACCGGCGAGCUGUCGUCAUCUGACGAAAAACGAUACCGAGCUCUCAAACGAACCGCAGAGAGAGAACUGCUCAUGAACGCAGAUGUGAUCUGUUGCACAUGUGUGGGGGCCGGCGAUCCUCGACUGGCGAAGAUGCAGUUCCGCUCCAUUCUCAUUGAUGAGAGCACCCAGGCCACAGAGCCCGAGUGCAUGGUGCCAGUGGUGCUCGGGGCCAAACAGCUGAUUCUGGUGGGCGAUCACUGUCAGCUGGGUCCUGUGGUCAUGUGUAAGAAAGCAGCUAAAGCGGGACUGUCUCAGUCUCUGUUUGAGAGGCUUGUGGUUCUGGGUAUCAGACCCAUCCGUCUACAGGUGCAGUAUCGUAUGCAUCCAGCGCUCAGUGCUUUCCCCUCCAACAUCUUCUACGAGGGAUCACUGCAGAACGGAGUCACUGCCGCUGAUCGCAUCAAGAAAGGCUUUGACUUCCAGUGGCCUCAGCCGGAUAAACCCAUGUUCUUCUAUGUGACUCAGGGCCAGGAGGAGAUCGCUAGCUCUGGAACCUCCUACCUCAACAGAACCGAAGCGGCUAACGUGGAGAAGAUCACCACCCGUCUGCUGAAGGCCGGAGCCAAACCUGACCAGAUCGGCAUCAUCACCCCGUACGAGGGCCAGCGAUCGUACCUGGUCCAGUACAUGCAGUUCAGCGGCUCACUACACACCAAACUUUACCAGGAGGUGGAGAUUGCCAGCGUUGAUGCGUUCCAGGGCAGAGAGAAGGACUUCAUCAUCCUGUCUUGCGUCAGAGCUAAUGAACAUCAGGGAAUUGGUUUCCUGAACGACCCACGCCGUCUCAAUGUGGCACUCACCAGAGCCAGGUAUGGCGUGAUCAUCGUGGGCAAUCCCAAAGCUCUCUCCAAACAGCCUCUCUGGAACCAUCUGCUGAACUAUUAUAAAGAGCAGAAGGUCCUGGUGGAGGGACCGCUCAACAAUCUUAGAGAGAGUCUCAUGCAGUUCAGUAAACCACGCAAGCUGGUGAACACCAUCAACCCUGGUGCCCGUUUCAUGAGCACUGCCAUGUAUGACGCGAGAGAGGCCAUGAUUCCUGGAUCUGUGUAUGACCGCAGUAGCACCGGACGUCCUUCUAACAUGUACUUCCAGACCCACGACCAGGUUGGAAUGAUCGGAACCGGGGGGAACCCGAUGGGCUCCAUGAACAUCCCCAUCCCAUUCAACCUGGUCAUGCCACCCAUGCCUCCACCCGGGUACCUGGGCCAGGUGAAUGGACCGGCUGCAGGUCGUGGUGCACCCAAAAGUAAGACCGGGGGCCGUGGAGGUCGUCAGAGGAACCGCGGCACAGGUAACCACGGCAGCGGGCAGGCCAACAUGCCAAGCAGCCAGGCAAGUCAGGACCUGGUGUCGCAGCCUUUCUCUCAGGGUCCUCUGACCCAGGGCUACAUCACCAUGAGCCAGCCAUCACAGAUGAGUCAGCCUGGACUGUCUCAGCCCGAGCUCUCACAGGACAGCUAUCUUGGCGAUGAGUUUAAGUCCCAGAUGGAUGUGGCACUUUCUCAGGAUUCAACCUAUCAGGGUGAACGGGCUUAUCAACAUGGAGGAGUGACUGGACUCUCACAGUACUAGAGUGUUGUUGGAACAGGAGCUAGGCCUGUGCUGAGCUUAGUUCAUCAGCAUUUUAAAUAUGGGUAAAUAUAAAAAAAGAACAAACAUGGAUGCCCGUUUACCACUGUUACAACUGAAGCACCAUGAUGUGGGAGCAACAGGAGAGAAUCUAACCAAUCACAGGAGGGAGUGAAGCUGGACAGGAGGAGAAGAGAACGUGAGAAUGGAGGUCUACAUCCACCAUUCGUUGAGGACGAGGAGGAGAGGGGAGACGCAGUGUUAGGAGGAGACGAACCGCGAGAUCUUCGAUCUACAACUCCGCAACGUGGAGGAGGCUCCUAGAGUGCAGGGGCCCUCCCGGGCCCCUCUAUCUCUCUCUCGCCUCUCGCCUGGCUGUGAAACGCCAGCCUCAGGCCUUGCCCUGCCAACCAGAGACGGAGCAAAGAUGAAGUUCUCUAAAAACUACCUGCAAAAAACCACGCGUGCUCUGUCGUCUCCAUGAGCUGAGAGAGGGGGUGACGUAUCUAAAAAUAAUUACAAACGCUUUUCAAGCAGCUGAUUUAGGGAAAAUCGAGUUCCCCUCAAAGUUGAGAUCUAACAUUCAGGUUCUAUCACCGGACAUCUUCGAGGUCAGGGAUACCUGCGGCAAGAGAUCCGAAUUUCCUUCGGGUUUCGGAGAAGAGGUCUCCACUCAAUGGAUGGUGCUAGGACGCUCUGAAGAGGGAUUCAACUUUGAGGAAAGUUUUCCGCCUGAAGUGCGGGAGGGUAGAAGUUAUGUAACCGAGGGCCCAUCACAUCUUGGUCGCUCUCUGCUAGGUGAUUCAAAAAAGGAAAAUGGGUAGCUUGACUAAAAUGGCUUCGGAAAUUUGUUUUUCUUUUAAAUGUUUGUGUCCGGAGAGCUGACGUGGAAGGGGCUGACGCAUUUGUCCUUUCUUGUUUUCCCUCUUUCUUUUUAAAUCAUUUUUGUUCGAGUAGAAUAAAAGCAGCGAGGUAGAUAGCCUGCUUGAAUUAAUGCGACUUCUCGAUAUCUUACCUUCCUGAAUAAAAUCAAAGUCCCCAGACAUGAAGUAAUCUCACCAACCGAACAGUGCUUGGUCGGUAAAGUGGAAAUCAGGAUCAAAGAUCUUGUUGUGAAUUGACCCGACUGACAGUUCAGUACUGUGUUUCUCAAUAAUCAUAUAUACGCAAUAAACCCCUCCCACUGCAGGUUCUGUCCAAUCAGAACGACAGACGACGUGACGCUGUUAUAGAAAUGGCCAAAACGCUUCAAUGAAAGGUGUGACGAUGAUGAAUUGCGCCUCACAAGAAAGCAGAAGGAGAUGGCAGCACCGGUGAGAUUCUCGCUGUUUUUGUGUCUGACUGUAAGAGACGAUUUUAUGCGCUCUUACGUUAUGAUGUCAGUGAGAUCGGUUGGAAACCAACUGCCCCAGGGGAGCGUGUUUGUGCGUGCGUGUGUGUUUGUGUGUUUUCAGACAGCCCUCCCUCAUUAUUAUUGUGUUGUGGUAGAUGUAGGUUUGCGUUGUUUUCCCUCUGUUCAAGUUAGCUUAUUUUGCCGCCUUAGUAGCUCGUAUUUUAUUUGGAUGACCUGGUGUUCGUAUAACCUCUCUCAGUGUGGAAGUUGCUCCUAAUUUCAACUUCUUUUUGGUUUGUAAGAACCCGUUGAGUUUUGUGGCAUCUUAAACAUCUGUUCUGAUUGAUGCCAGUCGCCUCAACUUUGUACUUUUAUUUUGGAGUGUUUAUACUUUGCUGUUACUCCAUAUUUACCAACAAGCACGUUUGACUGUUUGAUAUUACUGAAGUAAAGACACACGCAUUUUAUAGCGCUAAGCGAAAAUUCCUUUUAAAUUGACACCCUUUGGCUGUUUUUUUCCUAACCGAUAAGACAAUCAUGAUCCCUUCAUAACCAAUGCGCAGGUUGCAAAUAAAUGUUAUAUAGUUGUUAGCAUGUAUGAGUGUCUCUGACUGCUAUUCUGACUUUCCCAUGUUUAUCCUCGUAUCAUUUUAGAAUGAACUUCAUAGGGCGUUUCUUAAGAGUUUAGUUUUCACCUGGCAUUCUGUGGCUGUAAAUAUCAGUGAUCAGAUUUGACAUUCCACCAGUCCGAUUAUUUCCCUCUAGACGAUACUUACAUUAACAAUGUGGCCAAGGUUGAUUUGUAGCGAUGUUUUUCAGUUCUGAUCAGAAGUAUGAAGAGGUUGGAAAAACACUGAGGUCACAUGUAUGCACAAGGUUUCUGACAGUAGAAGUUGCAUUGAGAUAUUGAUUUCAGAUACAACAUUUUACUGUAAAAUAAUAUUGUAUAGCCUGCAGGAAUGCUGGAAGAAUAAAAGCUAUUUGAACAUCAGGAUGUAUGAAGUAUGAUUCAGGAUUUUAUUUUAUGGAAGGAAUGAUCACCCCUAUAGUAUGUACCUCUUGUAAUCUUACAAAUAAAUGUUGCUUUCUUUCACUCAA